AUGAUCGGGGCCGACUUCAUCCAUCGCCGGAUUGCCCCGUUGCACAACAAGGGGAGGCCGGCCUGGGAUUUUAGGAAUGCAGCCGACAUCAUGAGGCUCCGCCCUGGCUUGAAGCAUAGCUUCACAGUACCGAAGCAUGCCCAUUUUUGUCAGAGGCUCUUCCAGCUUAAGGUCGACGAGGCCGGCGGGGUCGAGAGGACCGGCAAGGCUGGCAAGGCCGGCAAGUCUUUGUUCGGGUUGCCAACGGGGGUGGUCCCGUUGAGCAACAACUCUUGCCAGACCGCCAUCAUCGCCAUGAUGCCAGUUUUCAACGCGCACGGUCUUGACCCAACCUGGGCUGAGCCACAAGCGGAGCUGGUGCAGGCAUUCUUCGACAACCUGUCGGAGAGGUACGUUCGUGACAAGCCGCGACUCAUCCACCCCACCACCGAGGCAGAGCUGGCGUACAUCGCCGCCACGGCAGAAGAGGCAGGGCUUGCUGAGGAGGCCGGUAGCUUUGGCAUUGUGGAGGAUGAGGCCGACGCAGCCGCAGAGGAGGAGUUUGCCGAGUGGACGGGGUCUACCAGGGAGCCUAGCGGCGGUGGUGCCGGGGCCCCCCUUGUUGAAGAAGUGGUCGAGGAGUCGGCCGGAGAGGAGACCGAGGCGGAUGACUCCUCGGCCCCGGGGAGGAAACGCGUCCUACGGCAGGCUAGCUCCGGCGAGCCGGUCCGGCCCGGCGGGACCACGCAGCCGCAACAGGCUCAGGCGCAGCCCAUGCGCCAGACGAGGGCUGCGGUAGCGAAGAAAGUCGCGGUCGCCGCCUCUUCGUCAUCCAAGCGGCGCAGGACGCCUUCGCCUUCCCCUCCCCUCGUAGACGCCGCCCCAGUGGCCGACUUUGAUCUUGGGUCCUUCAACCCGAAGAAGAAGAGGAGGCCAGCGGAGGAGGACGAUGACAUGGAGACGCUGGCCCAGAGGGCGGCAAAGAGGGCCAAGGCUUCGACGGGCGACAAGCCCCCGGCGAGCACUGCCCGCACACCAGUGUUGGUGGAGAUCAGCCCGGACAACAGCCCUCGACGUAGCCCCCGCUUCAGCCCCCAGCAUGAGUUCAUUAUUCACUCCUCAUCGGCGGGCGUUGGGGCGCGAGUCCUUGGUGCUAACCUUGCCGGGUUUGCAGGAGGAGAGCGGCAACAGGAGGAGCCGCUGAGGGCCGCCCUUGGCAUGCCACCCCCGUCAACUACGCCACCCAGAGGGGCGUCCCCGGCAAGGGCACCCACCGCCGAGCCCACGCGCAUGGAGGAAGAGGGGGCAGACAUGGGCACCGACCCUCCUUCGACGGACCAGGAAGACAUCGACACCGUCAUCGAGGAGGUCGCCAAGGACGCCGAAGCUGAGGCCAUGAAGAUUGCGGCCGUGGAAGCCGCCAAGAAGCCUGCCGGGGUGACCGAUGAGGCCGUUGCCGGGGAGGCCGGCAAGGGGCCCACCGAGUAG